GAGAAAUACUGAAGUUAAAUUUCAUCAUAUCGGACUCACUAGAUGUUUCAAAAGUUGUCCUACCAGUGGGCAGCAUUUGGUAAGAAAACAUGCGAAUGCAGUUGUUGAGCCAGUUAAGUUAAUUACGAAGGAAAGUAAUGUAAGUAAAGCAUCUCAAUUAACCGAGAGAGCUAUGAACGGCAGACGAGGACUUCCUGGAUAGGAAGUAAAAGAAAAGACUAUUUUCUCAAUGAAAGAGAAUAAAAUGAAGCCAAAACGCAUCCAAAAGCACGACGGACCCAGCUGGCAAGGAAAAGGCAGCACUGGUGGCGACAAGACAACACUGAGCCUAGCGACGGCAGCAGUACAUGUGCACCAUCCAGCUCAAGUCAAACCUUUUGCCGGGAAAGUGUUUUUCCUCGACCUGCCAUCAAACAGGAUAGUAGAGACAUUGGAGAGAGACAUCAAAGAACUCGGAGGGACUGUUGAGAAGUUCUUCAGCAAGGAAAUAAAGUAUCUGGUAUCCAACAAGAGGGAAGCUAGAUAUGUGCAGUGCCUCAGGCAGGACUCGCCAGUCCCCAGCCCAGACUCCGGACAGAGUUCACCUCACCCUCGUUCAAAUCCUCACCGACCUGGGAGCCAUGGGGACAACAUGAAAAGCCGGUCUCAGGGCCAAACAGACGCAUUUGUCACAAGCCGGGGGAAGUCUUUGGUGGAGAGGGUGGUGAAAGAGCAGAAGAGGGUACAAAUGAACAAGAUCCUGUCAAAUGCUUUGGAGUGGGGUGUGAAAAUCCUCUACAUAGAUGAUGUAAUGGCAUAUGUUCAGAAGAAAAAAAAGACCAUUAGAGGCCAGUGUCCUGUCACCACUUCUGUCAAAACAAAUGUCAAAACUGAGCCAGCAGCAAAGCAAAGCUUUCAGAAAUGCAAAGGAGGCCGGAUCACUAAGCCAUUUGUCAAGGUUGAAGAUUCAAGCAGACACUACCGUCCAAUCUACCUCAAUAUGCCAAACAUGCCUGAGUUAAACCUGAAGACCGUUCCUCCCUGCAGUCCCUUCAGUUUUGAGGACAAAGAUAAUCCGGGGAACAGACAGAGGGCACACAGAGGCGCGAAAGGCUCAGCCAGUGAAGAAAGAGCACAAGGCCGAAAGAAGAACAAAGACAAGAAACGAGGCGGCUACUGCGAGUGCUGCAUGAUCAAAUACGAAAACCUGACAACACAUUUACAGAGCGAUCGUCACAAGGCGUUCUCCAAGAGUGAGGAGUACUUUGUGGUGGACAGACUGGUUUCCACCAUGCACUGCAACUUCAUCCAUAUCAAAAGUAAAAUUAAAAGACCAAAAUGCAGUGUUCCGAUUGCUCCUGUGCCAUGUGGGAAAACUGAGCCAAGACACUGGGGAGAUCUUGAUACCACAGAGACUAUUAAAGAGGAACAGCACCAAACUGUUGACGGACAAUGUGGGGAAUCUUAUUCAGGACACGAUUUAAAAAUCAGUUCACUUCCUGGUUCUGCUCCUCUGAUUCAAAGAGAUGGUGACAGUAGGAACGUUUUCACUUCCUCAGACAGAUCCAAACACAAAUCUCUCGCACGUAAACGACUGUGCAGACAGAAUUCAUUGACUUCUUUCACUCAAAAAGCUGACCUGGCUGAAAGUCCUCAACAAAACAUGGAAACCGCUCCACCUAGAGGUGAAGGUCUUGCCUCUUUUCCCUCCAGAGUUACUCAGGUUGACCCGGAGGGCCAAAUAUCUCACACAGAUAUGAUUAGCUUAUCCUCACCCUCACAUAAUAUUAAUGCACAGAAUGAAUUACUCUCGGUGAGCCUUAAUGAUACGACAAAUCACCAAGAGCAAUCUGAUAUGAACAAAGAUUGUUUACCGUUUGAGGCUGCCCAGGAGGGAAACAUAUCACCCGAGAGAAUGACUCGAAACAGUCUCUCAGACAAAGCGGGAAGAAAUCCUCCCACACAAAGCUGCUCCCCAGUCAGAAAAAUACAGAGGAGGGUGAGAGUUUACAAACGCAAAAGACGGAAAUUAGACACACAUGUUAUGUGUCAAGAACAUGAAAAGCCAAAUGACAUUCCUGAUGACUCCCUGUUGACGCUGCGGGAGCUUUUCCGGUCAAGUGAUGACAUGGAUGUUGAAUUUCUGGGAUUUGAGGACUAACAAGGAGCUGAUGGGAUACACUGGACCAUUAUUGCCUUUCCAAUCCUUUAACCAAGCCUAAACAGAAUGAACUACACUGGCUUAUCUGAAGUGUAAGGCAGCUGCUUAUGUGCUGUAGCAUUUUUCUAUAGCAUAGAACAAGAUGUUAAACUUGAAAGAGGUAAAAUACAUGUCGACAUUGUUGUUAUCAUCACAGUGGCUAUAAGAUGUAUGCUUUAUGACAUUUUGCACUUUUUCCACACUUAAAAUUAGAAAUUUGAAUGACAAAAUUUAACAUUUAUUUGGCAUUUUCUACUAUAAACACAACACAAAGAACUAUCAAAAAAGAGUGGUAAUAUAUUAAAAAC